UAUAUAACCACCUGCGCCACGCUACAGCCUCUAGUUCGAGGCACAUAUAGGAGAUUUAGGGUGUAUAUGACCUUCCGGCGGUCGAGCGAGUGACGCUUCCGUCAACUUCUCCCGCAAAGCCUUGUUCUCCAUCUCUUCAACCAUUCGUUUCUCACCUACCAUUCCACGGCCAUGUCGCCGCCUUUACGCGAUAACGUCUCGCGCAACAAGGCGCCGUCUAUCCUCGGCCGCGCCCUCUUCGUGGGUCUUCGCACCGCCGACGUCUUUUGGCAAUACUCUCUUCUCUCCCGGGGUCUAGGACUGCGAUUCUUGCAGGCCCUGGGUGCACGCACCGUGGAUGCCGGCGACGUCACCGGCCCAUCGCACGCUCUCGGACUCAAACCAUACUAUCAGCUCGUGUUGCUGUUGGCUCUCGGGAGCAGCGUGAAACAAAACGUGCACAUGCUCUGCGUAUCGGAACAAGAACUGCCCGCGGGUUCGGCCUUUGGGAUUUCCUUGUUCAACACCAUUUUUAACUCAGUGAACACGAUCCUGUCCCUUUGGGCCGUUACUUCUCAGUCACCGGCGUCGUCCAACUACACGGAUCUCCUCUAUUCGCCUGUCUCGGUUGGUGCUGGGCUAUAUGCCAUUGGCCUCCUGGUGGAAGCAGUCUCGGAGUUCCAGAGGAAAAGCUUCAAACAAGAUCCUGCCAACCGUGGCAAGCCCUACGCAGGUGGCCUGUUCUCCCUUGCCACGAACAUCAAUUAUGGAGCCUACACAAUCUGGCGCUCAGCAUACGCAUUGAUCGCGGGUGGGCUGGGAUGGAGCGUCGUUACCUUUACCUUCUUUUUCCGCGAUUUCGCGACGCGAGGAGUUCCGGUCCUGGAGGAUUACCUUACCAGCCGGUACGGAGAAACCUAUAAGGACGUUCAGAGGAGGGUGAAGUACAAGCUGAUUCCAGGCAUAUAUUGAGAUUACGCUCGGACCAAAACACAUUUCUUAUCAUUCACCUUGCUGGUCCUGAAGCGGAGUUUUCAAUAAAGAGUUCUCGACCCCUUCAAU